AUGAUGUACGAUGAAGAGCAAGAAGGGUCCGUGUCGCGUGAGGAGUUAGCAGACCUCCUCCGUGCUCUCUCGCCCUACAUGCGCAGUGCUCAUCGAGACGCGCAUUUGGAGAGGAUCUAUGCCUUCCACAACUUGCACCCCAAUUCUCGCGUUGCCUUUGACGAGAUCAUGGACCCUCCUGCAUUCCAUAUGGCUUGUAUGCCCAAGUCCAGGCAUCAAUGGCCCGAGCGAGCCCAGCCAUUGAUGUGCAGUCGUUUUGCCGUGGCUUCUAAAACGAACUGUGUUUGGUCCAUUGCCGCUGCUUACUCAAGGCAUCACCGAGGGCCUGGAUCGCCAGCAAGUGUAGGAAUGGCAGUUUGUCGUGGGCCAGGGGGCACCAUGUCAUAA